AUGCGGAAGAACCAGCACUCCAGGCUGCUACAAAGCUACCCCAAAACGCAGAGUCCGCAACCAAAAUGGCGGAGACCACAUGGCGAGCUACCCAAGCAUGAAGUAAGAAACACGUCCCCACUGUACGCCGCCGGCAAGCCAACAUGGGAAGCAAAGAAACAGGCAGGCACCCUGGGACAAGCUGAACCGUGGUGGAGAAGCAGGAGCCGCUUUGUACCUCCGCAGGCAUCAUCACAAACAGCGA